CCGCGCGGGUGGCCUGGCUGCCACGGCCCACCACCCCCUCGCUGCCCGGACGCGGCGCUCGCUCGGGUCUCUUCCCGGCUUCCAGAGCCGCGGCGCGAUGGACAGCCCCGAGGUGACCUUCACGCUGGCCUACCUGGUCUUCACCGUGUGCUUCGUGUUCACUCCUAACGAGUUCCACUCGGCCGGACUCACGGUGCAGAACUUGCUGUCGGGCUGGCUGGGCAGCGAGGACGCCGCCUUCGUGCCCUACCACCUGCGCCGCACGGCCGCCACGCUGCUGUGCCACUCGCUGCUGCCCCUGGGCUACUACGUGGGCAUGUGCUUUGCGGCCUCAGAAAAGCAGCUCUACUCCCCCAGCCAGGCCCCAGAGGCCUGGCAGCUCUUCCUUCUACUGGCUUUAAUCCUCCCUUCUGUUGCCUGUGCCCUGAUCUACUAUUGGUCCCAGGACCGGUGGGCCCGACACCCACUAGCCCGGACCCUGGCCCUUUACUCCCUUCCACAGUCUGGCUGGCAAGCAGUUGCCUCUUCGAUCAACACAGAAUUCAGGCGGAUUGACAAGUUUGCUACUGGGGUGCCUGGUGCACGUGUGGUUGUGACAGACACGUGGGUGAUGAAGGUGGCCACAUACCGUGUGCAUGUGGCCCAGCAACAGGAUGUGCACCUGACGGUAACAGAGUCUCGGCAGCACGAACUCUCCCCAGACUCGAACCUGCCUGUGCAGCUCCUUACCAUCCGUGUGGCCAGCACCAGCCCUGCAGUGCAGCCCUUUGACAUCCAGCUGAACUCAGCAGAGUACGGCGAAUUGUGUGAGAAGCUCCAGGCCCCAAUCCGCAGCGCAGCCAACGUGGUCAUCCACCAGAGUCUGGGUGACCUAUUCUUGGAGACAUUUGCCUCCCUGGUGGAGGUCAACCCAGCCUACUCAAUGCCCAGAAGCCAGGAGCUUGAGGCCUGCAUUGGCUGCAUGCAAACACAUGCCAGCGUGAAGCUGGUGAAGACUUGCCAGGAGCCUGCAGUGGGCGAGUGCCAACAGUGCUACUGCCGCCCCAUGUGGUGUAUCACCUGCAUGGGCAAGUGGUUUGCCAGCCGCCAGGACCCACAGCGCCCCUACACCUGGCUGGCUAGCCGCGUGCCCUGCCCUACUUGCCGCGCCCGCUUCUGCAUCCUUGAUGUGUGCACUGUGCGCUGAGCAACCUGGAAGGAUCUGUGCCUCUACCAGCCACUUGGAGGGAGUGGCUAGACUUCUCUGGCCUUGGCAAAGAGCUCAACUCAAAAAGCACACAAUCUACAGCCACUCUGCCCUGAGCCUGUGGUAGUUUGGGGACUUUGUUUAAAAGAAAAUCUUACUGAAACACCCUAUCUCAGGGCCUUCAGCACUUUCUCCUCCUGCCACCUUUCUCUGUUUGGGGGCAGGUACUCCACAUGGAGAGCAUGCUGGGGUCUGCCUAGCAGCCUUCACCUGGUCACUCUGCCUUAACUCUGCCUCAUAAGCCUCGCCCACGUGUCCCCAAGCUCACAUUGUCUCUUGUCCCAGCACUGAGCACUGGGCUCUGUGGUGUUGAGACCUUCUCAGUGCUGGGCAGGUGCUGCUUGGAGGACUCAGGGUAGAGCCUUAGCAGUAGAGGGGAGAAUGGGUUGCCAAUGUAGUGUUGCAUUUGGCGUAGGGCUCCUGGUGGCUGUGGUCAACGUACUAGUGCAGGGUGAGGAGGAAGGAGAAUGACCCAGGUCAGGCCCGGGUGACCCUUGUUAGUCAUGGGGCCUGAGGUCCAGGGAGGGCUGCGGCCUCAGACUCCUGGCCCCAGGAAGAGGGUUGUGGGGAGUCAAGGACAGUGACAUCCAGAAAGCAAACCCAACAGACCUGUAGGGCAGAGCCAUCCACUGCCCCCUGGUGUGCCUGGCUCAGGAGAGGACACUGGUAAUCCAGACAGGCAAGCUGCCAAGGGCCUCACAGUGGGAGGGGGAGAGGCCUGAGGCCCAGGCAUGGCUCGGGUUCAAGUAUGGCUGCGGUGGGAGGCUGUGGCCCCAAAGCUCCUCUACCUAGAUGUCCUAGCAGUGCUGGCACCCCAGCCAGCCUACUCAACUCGGGCCGUACCCAACCCAGGGGUUGGUAGCCAGCAGUUCUGGGGGGAGUGUGGGGGUGUUUCCAGGGCUACCCAGAGGGGUCUUGGUGUUCUUUUUAACCACGAAGGAAAACUAGUUUUUUAAAGGUGAAUGCAGAAGAGGUCGACAGUUAUUUAAUAAAAUGUUAAUUUAAAGCGCCA